AGCAUUGCCCUCGUUCGUGGGCCUCCAUCCAAUCACAACAUCGCAAAGUUCUGCUGCGGAAGAGGGAUGCAAAGGAGAUGGCUGGACUUAGAUAGCCCUGUGUUUGGGAAUAUCUUCACCAUGGACCUUCUCCUGAGGAACGACGGGAGCAGAGGACGACUGCUUGUCCUUGCACUAGUGUUUGCGUGGUGUUUAGGGUCUGUGAGCUGUUUCGGACAGAGCCUAGACAGCGAGUUCACGUUUAUGCUGCCAGCCGGAAGAUCCGAGUGUUUCUUUCAAACAGCAGUAAAGAAUGGUACGAUGGAGGUUGAAUAUCAGGUGAUAGCAGGGGCCGGUAUGGAUGUAGACUUCACCAUCCUCUCUCCAGAAGGCAUCCAGCUCAUUAUCGAGUCUCGGCGCUCUGACGGAGUCCACGUGGUGGAGCCUACGCAGGAGGGAGACUAUCAAAUCUGCUUUGACAACAGCUUCAGCCACUUCUCAGAAAAGAUGGUGUUCUUUGAGAUCAUCAUCGAAGGUCAAGGAGGAGAUGUGGGUGGAGAUGAAGAGUGGGCGGGAUUAGAGGAGCCCGAUGGAAGCCUUCUGGAGUACAAGCUGGAGGACAUCCGGGAGUCCAUGGACUCUCUGCACAGGCGCUUGGAGCGCAGCCGGCAGAUGCAGACGGUGUUGCGGGCUUUUGAGGCACGGGACCGAAACCUCCUGGACGACAACCUGUGGAGGGUCUCGUUCUGGUCAUGUGCCAGUGUGCUGGUGAUGCUGUGUGUGGCCCUUACCCAGGUCUACACUGUCCGUAAACUGUUUGACGAUAAGCGGAGGGUCUGCACAUAGAGGGAUUAUUUUGCAGUGAUAAAAGACAGCCUGGGAAGGAGAACAAGCCGACACAAGAUGUUCAGAUGGUUACCCAUUCAGAUUAUGCCCCAUUAUUUUUAAUUUUGUCAACAUGAACACCAGCAUUCACCAUCAGUUUUAGUUGUUGUUUUUAGAUCAGUUUGUGAGCAAUAAUUAAAUAUAAUUAGAUCAUGAAGGGUAACCAGAUGAGGAAGAGAUUGAGGAACUUGAAAUUAUUUAAUUUCGUGUAGUGCCUUUAAUGUCAAAUCUUACCAUAAACCAAUGAGGAAGUCUGUUUUGAAAGGCACUCCCCACACAGACAGAACAAUAAAUGUAGUAUAACUGCCGUCCUACGUUUCUGAAACAGGUGAGAGGCUUUUGGAAUUUUUCGUUAAAGGUGAAAUUAUCCUUACCGAAGGUUAAAGGUCGGUUAUAUGACGCAACUCAAAAACUGAUCCACAGAACUACUAGUUUGCUGGUUUACAAGGGAUAACAAUGUGCAAUAGUGUUGUUGGCGUAUUUGUUCUUCCUGAAAGUUUAAGAUCUUUCUGUAAUAUUAGUGAUUUGUCCAUCUGACCUGGUUUUUCCUUGGUUACAAUCUUGUUGAUGGUUAGCUUUUCUGAGAUGUUACUGAUUUCUUUUCAUGUGCCCGUUGAAGUCCAUGCUGACGUGUUGACAAAUAAGAAUGUAGAAUAAGUAGGAGGGAUGAUUUCCAGUGUGAUUGCCAAUAAUGUACAUGUGUCAGUACUCUUGACAAAUAUGUAGUGUGUCAGUUCAAAUAUGUAUCAGGAAACUUCAGUGUGAACAUACUGAUUGAUUGUAUGUUUGUAUGUUUCUGGCUUUUGUUCUUGUUUCUUGUCUUUUAGAUGAUCAUACUUGCUUUUCUUCAGAUGUAUGUUUGCGUCAACAGAAUGUGACAUUUAUUUUUGUUUUUUUUUUUUUACUAAGAACAGACUUUCAUUACAUAUUCUAUAGAAUAAUUAUAAAUCAGGUUUUCAUGGGGGUCAUUGAUUAUUAAUAAAUGCAUUUUUUACACAGAAAAUACUUGGUUUGAUGUGAUAUUAUCUGACAUUAAGUUGAAGCUGACAUAAAGGUUAAAUACUAAGUAAUAUUUGAUCAGAUACUUAAUGAAUCAACAUGGAUUAAGUGCACUUAUUUGUAAGUAGUAGUAUCUGAAAAACAUUGAAUUUUCUGAAAUGACCAAAUUGCUUAGUUUCUAAAUUGAAGCAUUUGUGCUUUAUCAUGUUUGUAAAGUGCCAAAUGUGUUUGCCAGAGAAGAGCUUCUGAGUUAAAUUUAAAUGUAUAGUUCAUGGUAUGCACAAACAGUUUGUUAUGCGCAUUAUACAGUAUCUAUAUAAGAAAAAAUAUAUAGCAGGAUUGUAAAUUUCUUUAUUCUUCAGUCUUGAAGGAGGACAUUACAGUUUACUGUACUGUAUGUGUGGACUAUGCUUUUUGCCAAGUUUGUUUCAAUAUAUAGUUUGUUGGUGUUUUAAUUUGGCACAAUUACUAGUUGACCAUCCAUCCUCAGGUUUGGCAGACAUUUCAAGGGAGGAAUUAUGGGAAAAAUUAUUUCAGUAGUACUUACAAAGAGAAAAACAUAAUUGAUCUACAGUAUAUAUUAAAUACUGUGUAAGCUUAAUGGCAUACUUGUAUGUACAGACGUUAUCAGUAUUUUUGUAUUAUUUCAUGUAUUUGCAGUAAGAUCAUUUUUACAUUGUGGACUGGGGCAAGACAAACACACACUGCCACAGGGUGUCAGCUUUGGUCCAGCCACAACCAUAUAACAUAAUUUACACCAAUUAUUUCUGCAUCUUUCCCUUCCUUAAAUGUCUAAUAAAAAAUAAAGCAUCAAGAGUUUCAAAAUUGCAGACA